ACUGUUGUAAAUUCAGCGGCACAGAAACAAAGCAACACAAUACCUAGAGUCUUAGCAGUUGACAGUCCCAAGGAGAGGCAGGUUAGCCUACGAGUAGGAAUUCACCCAUCAUCGCCCACUCCACCUGUACUCCACUCCAGCCUAGCACGAAUGAUUUUACAAAGACAAAGGUCUGUACAUGGUCUAGUUGGGCUUGCACUGCACCCAACUUGUCAUUGUGUUGCGCUGCACUGCACGGCACGGCACUGCAUUGUAUCGUACUGCACCGUAGAUGGCCGCUGCAGUAGACAUGGUGAUGGCGGUGUUCUGUUCUAUUCGGCCUAUGGUUCAACUCAUGAUGAUAUACCUACAUACACCUCACUACCAUGUACGCCUGCACAGAGAAUCUCAGUAUAAUUACAAUAUGUAGGCAAUUGCCAGUACAGCCCGGCAUCCUCAACUCCGGUCAUCAAUCUACUUCUACUCUU